AGCGGCCGCCGAGGCGAGCUCUGCCGGCAUGGGCCCCGACGCGCUGCAGCUCGGCACCUACGGCGGGGCAGCCGCCGCCGCCCUCCUCCUCUGGGCCGUGUGCGUGCUCUGCAGGAGGAAAAGAUAAAGAAGAUACAGACCCAACCUGGAAAUACUCAUGAGAGGUUUAUGUCUGCUUGGAAAGUUAACACAUGUCCUACGUGAGCUACGCUGAUGAAAGGUGCUGCUUCUCAUCCUUCUGAUAUGUAGCCUGGGUAUCAUGUACAUCUUGGGUUCUGCUUCCUACCAAGACUUUGAAGAUGACACUGAAGAUGACACCUCUUUUAGCAGAUAAUGAACUUCUCCAGUAAUCUAUGAUUUACAGUAUUCUUUGCUUAAGGAAGACUGGAGAGCCCCCACUAAUAAACGGCUGGAUUCCUUACCUUGGGAAAGCUUUGAUUUUUAGAAAAGAUGCUUUCAAAUUCUUACUGGAUCAGCAAAAGAAACUUGGAGAUAUUUUCACUGUACAUAUUGCUGGUAGAUACAUUACCUUUAUCAUGGACCCAUUUCAAUAUGUCUAUGUCAUCCGAAAUAGCAAGCAACUUGAAUUUCAUGAAUUUGCUGAUAAAAUGGCUUCCAAAACUUUUGACUACCCUGCCUUAUCGAAUGGAAAAUUCCCUGAUCUCAAGGAAAACCUCCACAGAAUCUACCAGUAUCUACAAGGCAAGCCUUUGGAUAUCAUUUCUGACCACAUGAUGAAAAAUCUCCAGGAUAUAUUUGAAUGGAAAUGCUCACAAGCAACAGAUUGGGAAACAGAAAAAAUGUACAAAUUCUGCUGCUCUGUAAUGUUUGAAGCCAGUUUUGUAACACUAUAUGGAAGAGUUCCUGCUGCAGAUGGCCACAAAGUUAUUAGUGAAAUCAGAGACAAAUUUAUCAAGUUUGAUGCCAGCUUUCCCUAUUUAGCUGCAAACAUACCAAUUGAGUUGCUAGGAGCUACCAAGAAGGUUCGGAAGGAGCUUAUACAUCAUUUUUUACUUCAGAACAUGACAAAAUGGCUGGGAGGGUCAAAAGUGGUCCAAGCCAGACAAGAUAUAUUUGAGAAAUAUGAGCUGCUUGGAGAUUAUGACAAAGCAGCACAUCAUUUUGCCUUCCUGUGGGCCUCUGUGGGAAACACGAUUCCAGCUACAUUCUGGGCCAUGUAUUAUCUUCUGCGGCACCCAGAAGCUCUUGCAGCGGUGCGUGACGAGAUUGACCAUUUGCUGCAGUCAACAGGUCAAAAGAGAGGGCCCACGUAUAACAUCCACCUCACCAGAGAACAAUUGGACAACCUGGUCUACCUAGAGAGUGCCUUAAACGAGAGUUUACGAAUGUGCUCGUCCUCCAUGAACAUUCGCAUCAGCCAGGAGGAUUUUGUUCUCAAGCUUGAAGGGAAUCAAGAAGUCGGUUUGAGGAAAGGAGACUGGAUAGCCCUUUACCCGCAGAUUUUGCACAUGGACCCUGAGGUCUAUGAAGAUCCUAAGGAGUAUAAGUUUGAUCGAUAUAUAGAGAAUGGCAAGAAGAAAACCACGUUCUACAAGGCGGGAAGAAAACUGAAGUAUUUCCUAAUGCCCUUUGGCUCUGGGAUCAGCAUGUGUCCAGGGAGGUUCCUCGCAAUGAAUGAGAUGAAGAUGUUUCUUUUCUUACUAUUGGCUCAUUUUGAUGUAGAACUAGUGGAAAACAAAGCUGUCAGACUUGAUAACAGUCGUAUGGGCCUUGGUAUCCUCCUGCCAGACGUUGAUAUUGCCUUUCGUUACAAGCUAAGGUCCUUAAGAAAGUGAGCGACUGCCUUUAUGCCUUCUACUAAUCUCCAUGUUUGCUCUGUUUCAUCACUCAGCUUUGCAUCUUUGGAAACAUUUGCUUUUCCCUCGCUGCUUUUACCUCCUUCCUAUUUGUUUCUAAGGAGAAAAGCCCUUGGGCUGGAGGUAGAUAUCAACUGCAGGGACAUGGAACCUCAAUUUGUCCUGCCUGAGUUGUGAGUAGUGAGGCGAGAUGACAAGAGUUUGGCCAGGUAGAUAGCCCAACGUCCCUACAGGACGGACCCCCAUACUCUCAGCCAUGAGUUGAGUAAGAUUUAUAGGGAGGAUGACAUCAAGCUGAAUCAAGGCCAUUUAUAUGGGAAACAGGGUCAGCAGCCCUCUGUCACAAGGGUUCCCCCUUGUUAGAUUGGGAGCUCUUAUAUACCCACCAUCUGGAGGCAUCUCUGCAUCUGCUCAUAGAAGCAUAAUAGCAAGAAAGGGGGGAACUUAAUUCCAGGGGAUGAAAGAAUUUUUAGUGAUUAUUAUUCUAAUUUCUUAUUUACUUUGCUCCCUUCAUCAUCUUGAGUGUCUUAGCCCUUAUUUGGGAGAUGUGUGGGGUGGUGGGGGAUGAUUCGCAAGAUUGUCUUACUGGCAACACAUUUUUGAGUUCAGUUUUAUGUACUGAGGGUGAAUGUUUUUCUUUUUUUCUUUUUUUUUUUUUUUUGGUGCAAUGCAAAGACAUUAAAAUCUGUGAUUUUCUCCUGUAGUCAUUUGAAGUCAGAAGAGAGGUUCUGUUGAUUUUAAUAGGCUCUGGAUGAAGCCUAAAUUAUCUAUUCUGGCUUUUGAGCCAAAAAAGUAUAUUCUUCAGGGAGAAAAUAUAUGAGCCUGUUUGAAAUGAUUCUAUCAUCUCAAAAAUUAACUUCUAACUUCUCUUUGUCUCACUGUUUUCCUAGUAACACGUCUAUGUGUUUAUUUUGGCCAUUUCUUGUGUUUGAUUGUUUCUCCAAAAAGGCAAAAGAAGAAGAGAGCUUCAAGGGCAAGUGUGGUAUCUAAAACUACUUUUUAAUAGUGUUUUACUGUGCCUAAGUUAUGCAUAGGCAGAGUAGUGUGACCUGUGUUUGGAAACCCACUUGUCCAUCUACAAAUUGGAGAACAGACUCUUCCCUGGGGCCAAAAUUUGAGGAAGUGAAAACCCUUGGCAGCCACAGAAGUUAUCUGUAUACCGGCUGCCCAACCCGCUUCACUGGGUGACCGGCUCUUGUUUCAAAAAUGAAUUUCCUAGUGUGUGGGAUCUGAGAUUUUUAGACCCUCUCUUCCCAGCCAUCACCUCAGAGACUGAUGAGGAUUCUCAUGGCUGUCCAGUCUCAAUUUGCCAAGAUGAUAAUUGUGGUGGGAGAGUGGCCAUGUCUGUGGGCCUUGCCUUGUGUUCCCAAAAAACAUCUCUUUCUGUUGAUGUAAGUCUUUUAAAAUCAGAAGUUUUACUCAUCUCUAAAGCACUUGAUGGCCUAUGGAUGGAAACUGCUACGUAUAUACUAAGGAUUAGAAUUAUUUAUUGUUAUUUGUGUAGAAGCCUGUUUAGUUAUUCAUGUAAAGUACAUACCCUAAAUAAGCAUCGGCAUCAGUAGAAAGGCUUUCAGAGAUUGGCACAGCCACAAUCCAAAUCCUCCGAGGAGAAAAUUGUGGUUUUGUGAGAUAUAUUGGAUAAACAUUUUCUCUUCAUAUAUAAUAUCAGUAAUGUCUACAGUGUUGGAGGAUGCUUACAUUAAAUGGGUUUUGCAGUUGAUUAAAUGCUUUAACUUUGCUUCAACAUUUAAUCAACAGCAAAAGCUGAUUAUUUCUUUGUGCCACAGAAUAAAAUUUGUUUUUAUGGAGAGAUUCUGGUACUCAAGUUACUUACUGCUAUAGUUACUCUGUAGGAGCUAUUCUGUACUCAGCCAUAGCUCACAAUCCAGUUUGGACAUUAGAGCCUAGUUUAUUGAGAGAGAAAAUGUUGAUAUCAUUACACUGUUGACUGUAUUCCAUUAUUGCCUAAAUGUAAGCGGUAAAAUGUCUCAUGCCAUAGUUAUGAUGAAUCUUUCUUUGGCAUCCAACUUAGAAACAAACCUGAAGCAACUGCGAAAAUAACAGUAGGUAUUUGUUUUAAACAGAAGACUUUUUUUUUAUAAUUGUAUUCUAUUUUUAGGAUUUUGAAUUAGAAUAUCACAGGCUGCUGCAUAAUCUGGUAGGACGUAAUAGGACUGUGCCAAAAGUACAUGCAAAUCAUUAGUAAUUUCAGAUUAAUUGCUGAUCAGUUUGUAUAGUAUCUAUUUUGAAAUUAAAAGAAAAGCUAGAUUGUCUCAAAUGGCAAAUUAGAUCUGUAGAGCAUGCUUCCAUUUAAAAAAGAAAAAAAGGGUCAGAAUCUUUCCCAGGAGUUGCAGGAAACCUCCGUGAAGGCACUCAGAGGCCUUGCGUCAGGGUCGGAGAGCACUCUUUGCACCACGCAAGAGGCCAGCGUUUUGCUGGGAUAAAAAAAUAGUUGCUCUUUUUGCUCAGGGACCAAAAUACUUAAAUGUAAAGCAGGGCCUGCCCAGCUUGUCCUGGAACUGUGUCCCUGGUAACCCAUGCUCCUGGGAGAUUAAUUUUGCUGGUAAGCAAUGCAUCGCUACCUUGGCAUAGCCCAGCUGCAGAGGAGGUGAGCCGCACCCCCAUGUGAAGUCAUGAGAGCUAGAGCAGGACAGAGGAAACGUUAAGCCCUUCUGGUCCAUGUACUCAGCAGCUGAGGUGACUUACUGAGAGUCGGCAGCUGGUCUGACCAGGAGUGACUCGGUCUCCGUGGAGCAGGGAGUGAAAGGCCCGGGGUGUCGGUAUUCCUGGUCAAUAAGCCAUAGCAGCACAACAGGAUGAGCGGGCGUCAUCCCUGGAGGUCCCAGCCGGAGCCAAGCUGGCCACAACGUGCUGUGCCGAGGAGAGCGUGUUUCAUGAUGUAGGGCACAACGCGGUUUUUGAUGGCCUCCUCUGCCACAAAACCCGGGAGCGAACAGCUCUUGGCGUCUGUCACUGGGGCGCUAAGAUGGCAAAAUCAUCUAAGCAGAAAGGGCAGUGCUGUUUGCAAGCGUUCAGGUGCCGGGGGUGUUGCAGGGCCGAGUGGUGGGAGGCAGUCAGACCUUGUGCUUAUUUGUCCCUCCUCUCCACUUCAGCAGGGGGUCUGCCCUGCAAGCCCAGCAAUGCCUGCGUGUCUCACCCCUGACCCGGUCAGCCAGCAGGCGUGUGAGGGUGCCCCUCGAAUUUCUCUGCUGUUCCUCUGGUGAAAUGGUGCACUCACGGAUCAGUUUGGGAUGUGACUCAGCUGGUCAGUACCAGCCUCUGACUGUAAGUUGUCACUGCCUAUGGCUGUAUUGAUAAUAUCUUCUGCUAUUAAAAAAAAAAAAUCACAUUUUUUCUCAUAUAAAAUAGGUUUAUUAAGUCAGUAUAGCCCUUUAUAGCACCCAAGAAGAAAAGUGAAUUCAUCAUCAACUAAUGUGAAUGCUAAAAUGUUAUUUUUUUAUUAUUGUUCUUAUUUUAAUUUACAGAUGGUAUGUUCUCCAUUUUCAUGCUGGCACUCAGUACUGCUCUAAGCUAUUGUAAACUUUUUAAACUGUUACAUUUCUUAAAAGACCAUGCUAGUCUAUGUGUAUCUGUUUGCAAAUUAGUCUUUCACAUCUCUGCCAAUAUGUCCUAAUGUGCUAAUAUAAAACCAUGUAAGAGUUGUUCUUUAGUUUUUGCUUUUAAGCCAGUUGCAUGUCACUAUUUUUGGCAUUGCUGUUUUUAUGAAUAAUUACUGGUCUGUGAAUUUCUUUUCUAGAAUGAUAAAUGAACUUUUAUUUCAUCAUUACUGAACUUUCUGACAUUCAAAAGAUUGUGAAUUGCUCUUAAUUGUGCAAACUGACAUUUUGUAUAUAGAUGAACAAGAGUUAGGUUCUACUUUAAUAGUUAAUAUCCACCACUAAGGCUCUUAGAUCAAAUAAGGUAUAUUGUGAAUUUCUGAUCAAGAAAAGUGAAACUUCAUUAUUUUACUAACCUAACAUCUUAAAUGAAUUUUGUAUUUCAAGGACACAAUAAAAAUGAAUAUAUCUAUUUUAAUAUU